AUGGCGCCCCGUACUGUAUCCCUUAUUUUAUACCGCAAUGCAGCCACUCAGCGUGCACAUUUUGCCAUUUUCAUUCCCUCUGCUGCCAACCAGGAUUUGGGGACGAUUAUUCACGUUAUAGGCGCCCCUAUGGCUGGCUACCAACUUGAGUUCAAGCGGAACUACUCCCCCGCCUUGACCCAGCAGCCUCACACAAGGUACAAAAUUGGGCAGAUCGACUCUCAGUACAUUGUCGACGCCGCAAAUGACGCUCCAGGCAAGGAUUCCACUCCAAAAGGUGCUGUGGAACUUGCAGCCGGCCAGGUUCCCCCACCAGGAAUCAGCCAAAGCUUCCUCGGCCCCGUUGAUGAUACAUCCCAGACAAGGAACAAAAGAUGCCAGGAGUGGACGAUGGAAUAUGUUCGUCACCUUGUCCACCUUCAGUACCUGGACGCCGGCGCAAUCCAGAUUGUGCAAUCCAAGCGCGAUCCUCCGACUCAUGGCGUUGGGUUGCAGCCACUCGGGAGGGGCCAAGAGUUGGGCGGUGGAGGUCAGGCAGCGGGCACGUAG